CAAACACCUUUGCGAUCAACCUCAUUCUUCACGUCGCGCCGUCUGCUCGCCUCCAAUUGUGUCUACUACAUCGCUCAAUAUGGCUGCACAACGCGGUGAAGCUGCGGACUACUAUAGCAAUACUGGAUCUGAAUAUGUGAACGGCCAGCAAGGAUACCCACCACAACAGGGUUACCCACCAACUGAGGAGCAGAAGUCCCAGCAACAACCCCCACAGUACGGUUACCAACCGCCGCCGAAUGGAGAGAAGCAGACCUUCGAGCAAGCUUUCAAACUAGAUAAGCCAAAAUGGAACGACGUGUGGGCAGGUAUUCUUUUCAUCGUUGUAUUUCUUGGCUAUACAGCUGUCAGUGGAAUUGCGCUUCAUGGUUACUCAAGCAAUAGCGCACGUACUGGAAAUGGAAUUUACGGCGCAUCUAGUCUCGCUCUCGAUAACAACACUAUUAUUCUAUUCGCUUUUGUUCUCGCAGUCGCCAUUGUUCUUAGCUAUGGCUAUGUCUGGCUGGCCCGAAUGUUCACUAAGCAGUUCAUAUGGGUGACGGGCAUCCUCAACAUUGUCUUCGCAUUUGUCACUGCCAUCUAUAUGCUCUCCCGGAAAUACUACUCAGGAGGAAUUGUGUUUCUUAUAUUUGCCGUAUUCGCAGCCUUCUGUUUCUGGACGUGGAUUAAGCGCAUUCCAUUUUCCGUACUCAUGCUGCAAACGGCCAUCGACGUGUCCAAGAACUUCGGGCAUGUUUAUCUAGUGAGUUUUCUCGCGGGCUUGCUAGCUACUGCCUUUGGAGCUUGGUAUUCAGUCACUUUGGUUGCCAUAUACGUCCAUUAUGAGCCGGGAAAUAACCCAGCCUGCAACACUGGAGCUGGUGGUGGCUGUAGCAGUGGCAAGGUGAUCGGCCUGAUCGUAUUUGUCACAUUCGCAAUGUACUGGAUUAGUGAAACACUCAAGAAUCUGACCCAUGUCACGAUCUCAGGUGUUUACGGGUCGUGGUACUUUUGCCAAAAUAACUUUCCCAAAGGUGCCACUCGGGGAGCAUUGAAACGCUCAUUAACUUAUAGCUUCGGUAGCAUUAGCUUUGGUAGCUUGAUUGUUGCAAUCAUCAACUUCCUUCGCCAGCUCUGCUCAGUUGCUCGCCAACAAGAAGCAGCCCAGGGCGAUAUGGUUGCGAGUAUAUGUUUCUGUGUCCUCGGUUGCCUUAUUGGGAUCCUCGACUGGGCGGUCUCAUUUCUCAACCGAUAUGCCUUCUCACAUAUUGCACUCUACGGUAAAGCGUACAUUCCCGCUGCAAAGGACACCUGGACCAUGAUCAAACAGCGCGGCAUUGACGCACUUGUCAACGAAUGUCUCAUUGGACCUGUUCUGACCAUGGGCGCAACCUUUAUUGCUUACGCAUGCGCCCUCUUAGCGUACCUGUACGUGGUUUUCACGGACCCAGCAUACAACAAAGACGGAGGCUUCACUCCAGUCAUCGUUGCGUUCGCAUUCCUUGUUGGGCUGCAAAUUGCCAACAUAUUUACGACGCCUCUUUCGAGUGGCAUCGACACGAUAUUCGUUGCCUGUGCUUGGGAUCCUGAGGUUCUGAUGCGCGAUCAUCCGGAUAUGUAUGCGAGAAUGGUUUCAGUAUAUCCACAGGUACAACAAGCUAUUCAUGCCUGAACCCGUUUUGCGGAGCCGAGAUGUGACACGGACAGAGCAGGAUUAUCAUGAACAUGUUGCGUUACACGCUAGAGAUCCACUUCCAUCCUCAUGAUAAUACUAAUUUGAGGUUGGCUAGUACUAUUUCUCAAGUGACAUCGUUUUUGGUUAUGCCUCACUUGGAGUUCGUUUCUGACUCACCUGAGGUUCGUUGGGUAGUAGUAAUGGUCUAUGUUUUAUAACUAUAUAAAUUACCUAUUGAAAUCUAAUAUACUUUAAUACUAUAUUCUAGAGAUAUAUAGGUAUUAUAAUAGCUAGG